AUGUCACGUAUUGAUCUGGGAGACAUCACUCGAAAUAACUUGGGACAAGUGAGAGUACUGCAUAAAACGUUAUUUCCUGUUGAGUAUAAAGAUAACUUUUAUAAUGAGUUACUUGAAGCUGGGGAAUUCGCAAAGUUAGCUUACUGCAAUGAUGUCUGCGUCGGUACUGUAUGUUGUCGUAAAGAAUUUGUCGAUGAACAAGUUAAAGAUAAAUUCAAGAUCUACAUGAUGACUUUGGGCGUUUUAGAUCCGUACCGUCACCUCGGCAUAGGCACCAAAAUGGUUCAACAUAUUUUAGAACAAGCCAAAUCAUCAAAUAUUACUCAAGUUUAUUUACAUGUGCAAAUCAACAAUACCGAAGCUGUUGACUUUUACAAAAAGAAUGGAUUUGAUAUUAUUAGUACAGAGCAGGAUUACUACAAGAAUAUUACACCUCGAGAUGCUUACCUUUUAGCAAAGAAUAUCGAUUAA